UUAGCAUAGCAUGCAGCAAGCCACCAGACAUUCCUGCACCAUUCAUGCAUAUUUCUUCAAGGUCCAAAGAAGCACUGGCUAGCUAGCUAUAGCUUGCUUGUACUACGUACUACACGCAGCAGCAGCAACAACAAUGGGCGACAGCUCGGCCUUCCCGGGCUUCCACAGCCACAGCUACGACCGCGACUACGCGCGCCCGCUGUUCCGCGUCGCCUCCUUCUCCUCCGAGAGAGGCGACGAGCACGAGCAUUCGCCACGAGGGCGCACGGCGUCGUUCAAGGUGGUGCCCGCGCCGUCGCGCCUCUCGCAGGCGAUGAGCAAGCUGAGCAUGAAGAAGCUUCAGCAGGCCGUCGACGACAACUCCGUGGAAGAUGAAGAAAUGGAGCUCAUAAAGGAGAAAUACACCAAGCUGCUUCUCGGGGAGGACAUGUCAGGCGGCGGCAAGGGCGUCUGUACCGCCGUGGCCAUCUCCAACGCCAUCACCAACCUAUAUGCAACUGUGUUUGGGACCUGCCACAGAUUGCAGUCACUGCCUCCUGAGAAGAGAUCAAUGUGGAACCGGGAGAUGGACUGCCUCCUCUCCAUCUGCGAAUACAUCGUCGAGUUCGCACCAACGGUCCAGGCCAGACCCGACGGAAGCACACACGAUGUGAUGGCAACCUCACCGCGAUCAGACAUUCUGAUGAACCUUCCGGCACUUGAGAAGCUAGAAACCAUGCUCCUUGGUAUAUUGGACAGCUUUGACAAGGCAGAGUUCUGGUAUGCAGACCAGAGGAAGCAGUCCUUCAGCGAAACCAACAAGUCGUCGUUCAAGCGCAACGAGGAUAAAUGGUGGCACCCCGAGCCAUGUGUGCCGGAAUCAGGCCUGUCCGAUUCUCUCCACCGUGAGCUGCAGCACAAGAGGGACCAAGCUAGCCAGAUCCACAAGAUGGCCAUGGAGAUCAACAAUGCCAUCCUCUCCGAAAUGCAAAUCCCAUCCUCAUACAUAGAAACGCUUCCCAAGACUGGGAAAGUCGGGACAGGCGACGCCAUAUACCGGUACAUGUCCUCAGGGGAUCAGUUCUCACCGGAUCACCUCCUCGACUUCCUCAACUUGAGCUCCGAGCACGAGGCGCUUGAGAUCGCCGACCGUGUCGAGGCUGCUAUGUACGUGUGGAGAAGGAAAGCUAGCAUGACCCACGUGGUGACCAAAUGGGAGAAUGUUACCGAGCUGAAUGCCGAUGGGGACAAGAAUUUGAUCCUAGCAAGCAGGGCCAGGAGCCUGCUGCUGUGCUUGAAACAAAGGUUUCCAGGCCUCUCACAGACCACCCUCGACACAAGCAAGAUUCACUACAAUAAGGAUAUUGGACAAGCAAUACUUGAAAGCUACUCAAGGGUGCUCGAAAGUUUGGCCUACAGCAUUGUCUCAUGGAUAGAUGAUGUCCUCCUUGCAGAUGAAAAUGCAAAGCAAGGGAAUAGCACCAGAAUACAGAAGCAAGUGUUCAACCAUGUCUCUCCUCAACGCUGACCAUCGAUGAUGAACAAAUCAUAGAAUUAAAUGAGUUGAUUCAUUUGCUGCACGUCAUGACUUUACCCAGUAGUGUGUUUGACAUUGUUUUUGUGAGUUGAAUUCAUGUCAUGAUGUGUGUAAUUACAUGUAUGACAGCUUUAGCACAUCCUAGACCCCCAUCAAAUAAUAAAAGGGCACAACCAUUAACUGUUUUUGUUCAAAA